AUUUUCUCUCCGCAGACACGCACACACACCCUGCAAAUGUUUUUGACCCAAACAAAAAUGGUUUCGUAGUUUGAAUUUAGGUGCAAUCCAGUUUAGUUGUUCUCUUUAUGUGCUAAUCAUGUCCAACUCCAACGCCAUAGCCAAUGGAGUGGCGGGAGCUGGUGGUGGUAUCAUUGCUCAGAUUAUCACUUAUCCACUGCAAACAGUAAAUACGCGACAACAAACGGAGAGAAUCACCAAGAAAGGCCGCCUCUCCAGUCAACCCAAACCCGCCGCCGGCAGCACUCUUCUUCAAAUACUCCACGUCAUACGAACUGAAGGAUGGGGAGGACUUUACAGUGGCCUUAAGCCUUCUCUAUUUGGGACUGCUGCUUCCCAGGGCAUUUACUACUACUUUUAUCAGGUCUUCAAAAAUAAGGCUGAGGCAAUUGCAGCUGCUCGAAAAGACAGAGGAUAUGGAGAUGGUACUGUUGGCAUGUUUUCUUGGCUUAUUGUAGCUGCUAUUGCAGGGUCCUUGAAUGUAUUGUUGACAAACCCAAUAUGGGUUCUUGUGACUCGUAUGCAGACUCAUACUCAAGCAGAGAGGAAAAUUAUGGAAGAAAAAAGGAAAGCUCUAUUGAGUGAAGCUUCUAUAAGCAGUUCAAUUGGCUCAGGAUUGCAACACAAACUGGUUGAACUUGAUUCUAUAAAACCUCAUCCAUAUGGUACUGUUGAUGCGGCACGUGAAGUUUAUAAUGAAGCAGGAAUACUUGGAUUUUGGAAGGGGAUUAUCCCUACACUUAUUAUGGUAUGUAAUCCGUCCAUCCAAUUCAUGAUAUAUGAGACCUCAUUAAAGCACCUAAAGGCGAAACGUGCAGCUAAUAAGCAUGGAUUGAAAAGUGUAUCAGCUUUGGAGGUCUUUGUUCUAGGUGCAUUGGCAAAACUGGGAGCAACUGUCACAACCUACCCCUUGCUCGUUGUCAAGUCAAGGCUUCAAGCAAAGCAGGAAAUUGGUGGGAAUAUCUCACUAAGAUACUCAGGUACAAUUGAUGCAAUAAUUAAAAUGAUCCGACAUGAGGGAUUGCCAGGCUUUUACAAGGGGAUGAGCACAAAGAUAGUACAGAGUGUUUUUGCAGCUUCUGUACUUUUCAUGGUCAAGGAGGAGCUUGUCAAGGCUUACAUGAUCCUUACUCAUAAGAGCCAGAAAGUUCUAUUGAAGUUGAAAAAUUAAUUUUUACAGGUAUCUUUAAAAUGGAUCGAACAUUCAAAACAGGGGCUCUUCGGCUGAUUGUAAUCAACUAUGAAUUACUUUUGUAGGAUAUAUAUAUAUAUAUAUAUAUAUAUACUUAAAAUUGAUGAAAAUUUUAGCCAUGCAAUAUCCCUUCCUGUGUAGUACAGAAAAGAAGAUGACGUGCAAAUUUUGUAUUUGCACUCUGUAAUAAGGAAAGUACAUGUAAUCCUUGUUUCUGACCAAGUUGCAUUGUUAUUUUUGUUUUUCUUUGACGACACUCUACAAGCAGAAAGUAAGUAAUGUUAGUUAUUUUAUCAUCUGAGCAUGAUAGAGCAGAAGGGAAGGGAAGGGAAGGGAAGGGAAGAGUCCUUUUCCAUUGUUUGUUGGUCUUAUUUAUAUAUGGCAUAACACUCUACAGGUUGUAUUGUAACAUGCUUCUAUUGCUGUCUUCAGAGCAAUUAAGCAAUGAACUUCACAGUUCACAGGAGUUGGAGAAUCUAUUUCGUUGCUUUUUGGGUCUUCUGGCUCUGUUAGUCUUCUGCCUUUCUAUGUUGACAUUUUCAAUGAGAUGUGUCUUGGCUUAUGUGCUUGUACAAUUGGCUCGCUUUGCGGAAUAGAUGAUAAUGAUUGCU